ACGCCUCGAAGCCUCGGCACAUCACUACCAAGAGAGAACAACGGUUUUUCGAUUUGCUACGAGCGGAGCUAACUCUAGCAAAAAUUAGCCCAACUGCAAUGGCGCGGAGGAAGAUGUCAGUGGAAGAAAUGUUUCGGAGCGAUGUUGAGAUGGAAGACUCUUCUGAUAGCUGGUGGGAUUCGGACGAGGAGGAAGAGGAAGAGCCGGACACAGCUGAGAGACUUGAUCUCGGUGAUAUUCAAGUGAAAGCCGAACCAUCAAGCUCAGAUGGAGCUGAACCUCCCCCCACCUCUCAUGAUUCUUCAUCUUCUUUGAGUGGAGAUUGUGCAGGAGAGGCUGAUGAAGAAUAUGUUCCAACAGUUCCUUUGAGGUCUUCAGGGCGUGGAAGCGCUCCAGCCCCAAAAAGAACAACAACCACACACAAAAAGGCAAGGAAACAACAGAAAGUCAGCUCCUCAGCGCACCAACAACAAGGCGAGGAUUGUUGGCACACUAUAGAGGAACUUGAUACGGAGCCCGGAUGUCCAUUAUUUACUCCAAAGAAAGACCCAGGACCUCAGAUUGACUCUACAAAAGAAAAAAGAGAGGAAAAGGCCAUUUCCCAACGGCAAUUCAGAGAGAAACUCAUGGAGGAGCUCAUACUGGAGUCCAAAGGAGAAACGGCUUGUCCUCAACCAAGCACAUCAUUUUCGGCUCAACCCGGUGCAUUCAAAUGCCCUGGGUCAGUUCCCAGAUACUUUGGGGGAACAGCAGAGGAAAAGCGAAGGAUUUGUGUGUGGUGCAAGCAGAAUGGCAGUAAGAGAAAAACACCACUGUACUGUCCCAAAUGUAACGUUGCCCUCUGUCUUCAGCCAGACAGAAAUUGCUUUGAGGACUACCACAAAAAGUUGUAGUUUGUGGUAGUGUAGUUGUGUAGUUUUUUUUUAUUUUUGAACUUUUUUUUUUUUUUUUUGGUGGUGGUGG